GCGACCAGGUCAAAUUCGACCAUGGGAUGAGCGCCUUGCACGAGGAGAGGAUCCAGGUGUGGCCCGUCCCGGACGUCAGAUCUUCCUUCCCUCCCAGGUCCAAAGACGACUUCGGCCUGCUGCCACAGCUACUGGAACCCAAGUGGGGGGCUUUGAGGUCCCGUUCGAAACGAACGAGGACUUUGGCGAAGCUCUCCGAGCAGCGAUCCUGAGCCAAAGUCCUGUAGAAGCCCGCUGCGUGCUCGCGCGGGCAUACGAGCACGGGCUAUGCGUUGAAAUGCACUUGGCCGUCGGCCAGAGCUAG